AUGGGGAGGCUGACGCAAGGAGCUUUGGCAAAACCCGCAGGAGCCUAUCGUUGCGAUUACGCAAAGCUGUUGAAGACGCGGUAUGACAUCAGCAGUGGCGUCGCAGGCCGCCUCUUUAGCACUGUAGACGUCAACACAGACUUCAAGGUCACCGCUGCGGACGAGGACGAGGCUGCAUUCAAGUCGCUCGAUAAGAAUGGUAAUGGCAAAGUGUCUGUGUGUGAAGUUUUCGAGGGGUUCAUGGAUGCGCUGCAAGAUGCGGAGGAAAAGGCCUACUUGCAAGCGGUAACGUAUGCGGACAUCCGCUUCAAGUACAGGAAACGUGGACCCAUAUUUUUCCCUGGGUCCAACUAAACAACCAUGUUUGUCCUGGUAGCAAGACAUGGGGCAACGAUCACCUGACUGCAUGGACGAUAAUACUUUGUUAAUAAAAUGGUACAUGCUGUU